AUGAGUGUUCUUAUCACUAAUGAAGAAUUUAGUAUACUUGAUCACCAGAAUUAUAUAUCUAAAAUGUUUAACAAAGUACAUACAUCAAGCGAGCAUAAAUCUUUCAAUAUUAAAUCAAGUAUCUUUUCAAUAUCGGAUGACAAUUCUUGCGCACUAAAAACUCAUGCUUCUAGGAAACGAAAAAAAUUGGAUGUUAUUCAUGAGGCGUCUUUUGUACGUGCCAAGCUUGAAAAGGUUUUAUUAAAAAUGCCUCCAGAAAUAUUCAAUCAUUUACGAUGUAACUACAACUUGCUAAGUACAACCUCAGUUCGAAAUAUAGCAAAGGAUUUAUUUGAAACUACUGCAUUUUCACACAACGGUAUAUUAGGAGGCAAUGAUUCUAAUUUUCCUUUGAAAUGUAAAGUAAAUAAUGAUUACUUUCUCUUACCUCGUAAGUCACGGUUUUUUUGUGGGGAUGUGAUAGAGCAGUGUAAAAAAUUGGAUGGAAAAAAGUUUGACAUUGUGAUAGCUGAUCCUCCAUGGUGGAAUAAAUAUAUAAGAAGACUAAAAGCUGCAAAUAGUAAGCUAAGUUAUUCGAUGAUGUACAAUGAGGAAAUUGCAUUAAUACCUGUAAAAAAUCUCCUUGCUGAUAACUGCCUUGUUGCAGUUUGGUGUACAAAUUCACCAAGCAAUGUGACUGCUGUGAAAGACCUAAUAUUUCCUAAUUGGGGAGUUGAGUAUGUAACAACUUGGUACUGGCUAAAAGUGACAACAGGCUUUAAACCAGUUUGUGAAUUUGGAUCCGGGAGCAAGAAGCAACCAUAUGAGAGGAUAAUAUUUGGAAAAGUUGGUGAAGUUGGACAUAUUCCAAAAGAACAUUUAAUCAUAAGUGUACCGAGUGCUUUACAUUCACAUAAGCCACCAUUGUUGGAUGUUUUACAACCUUAUGUGAUAGCUGAAGAUCCUCAAGCAUUGGAGCUGUUUGCUAGAUAUUUAUUACCAAAUACAACUAGUGUGGGUUAUGAACCUUUAAAGUGGCAACAUAUCUCACUAUAUGAAAGUCUUGAAGAGACUUUAUGUUAA